AUGAUCGCCAUGGGUAGUGACCAACACUUUUGCCUGCGGUGGAACAAUUUUCACAGCAACAUUGCCACAUCGUUCGAGCACCUCCGCGACCAUGAGGACUUUGUGGACGUGACGCUGGCAUGUGAGGGACGCAGCUUAAAGGCACACAAGGUGGUGCUCUCAGCCUGCUCCCCAUACUUCAGAAACUUGCUCAAGCAAAAUCCAUGCCAGCAUCCAAUAAUAAUCCUGAGAGAUGUUGCAUAUGUGGACAUGUCAGCGUUGCUCAGCUUUGUGUACCAGGGGGAAGUGUAUGUGUCUCAAGAUCGACUCACCACCUUCCUCCGCACGGCUGAGCUGCUCCACAUCAAAGGGCUGACUGAGCAGAACCAACAACAACCACACCUUGCAACCCAUCAGCUGCACAGAGACCAGGGAGGGUUGGUAAACAAGGUGGUGAGCAGCCUUGGGGCCAUAGCAGUCCAAGGCCCCACAUCGCCCCACCUGAGGUCCACCCCCUCCCCCACCAGCCACGUGUUGCAGCAGCCGUCCCACAUUUCACCACCACCCAAAAAGCGCCGACCAGCCAGCAGUCCAACUCUCAGUUUGCCAGUUUCCACCGCAACUCCUUCUACCCCACCCCGCUCAGAGGUGCCCCCGGCUCGUGCAGAACUGAGCCCACACCUGGAGGGUUCUACUCUAGCUGCAGCUCUCACCAAGCCCCUCAACCCCUCCACUCAGCGAGGGGAUGUUGCGCCGCGCAGCUCGCAACUCCCGCCUUCCGUACAGCUGCCCCCACCUCCCUUGUUAGCAGCGCCCCACCCCGCCCCAGAUGUGCCAAACGUCAAGCAGGAAGAUGAAGGGGAGGGAGCCGUGGGAGAGGAAGACAACCGCAUGCCAGAGGCUGUCAACCUUGUGACGGAAGGUUCCAUCCUGAGGCAGCGGAUCCAAGGGUACCAGGGGAGCUGCGAGGCACCCGUAUCUCUCCCCCCACCUCCUACCAGCAGUGGCAGCACACGCCCCUCCCUGCACCCACCUCCCACUGUUAAGGACGACUCUCUCAGUGAUGACACCACUUUAGGAGGGGAGGCUGGGGGAGAGAUGGGAGAAGUGGAUGAGAAGAAGGAGGCUUUAGCCAGUCCACCACCCAUGGUGAUCAGACCACCACUCAUGGGGCUUCUUCCCAGGGAUGCUGCAGGGUUAUAUGCGGGUCCAGGAACAUCAGGGUCUAUAGGUCAGCAACAUGAAUCUUCUCAAGAACCACGUAAUGGCAGCAUGGGGGAGACCUACGCAGGAGUGGAGGAUAACCCGUAUGAGGCGCGCCCGUGUCCGGUGUGCCACAAACUGAUCAGCAACCGUGCCAACCUCAAGAAGCACCUCAAGAUCAGGCACUCAGCUCAAGAAGAGGCUCUCUGUCUCUACUGUCGCAAGGUCUUCCGCAACAAGUACUCCCUGUGGACCCACAUCAACUCCUAUCACCCCGGGGUCAAGUCUGCCAACACCCAGGACCCAGCAAGUGCUCAGGAUGCCAGCAGCUCUGUUUCUGGUAGUAGUGGUAGUGCUGCUGGUCGCUCUUCUGGGUACAAGGGGCAGUAAUGAUCAUAUUUUGUAUAGAAAGGAUUUGGUAUUACCUCAUACAUUCAUAUUACAUUUUUCUAGUAAAACACAAUGCUCUAACAAUCUCUUGGAAAUUCUGAAAUCCACUUUACUGUUAUUCUCUGUUUUCAGAUUAAUCAAAUCCUAUUGAGCUCUAUAGCACUCAGAGAUCCUAGGGAGUAUCUUGAGGUGGAAGAUCAUGAUGUUAUCUGCAGGUGUAGGGUCCUACUUGAUGAAAGUACUGUACGGGUCCUAAGUUCUUAUCCCUACACCCAGAGGCCUGAGUUCUGUGCCCACACUACACAGUUCAUUGUUAUGCUGUUCAUGCAGGUAUGUUCAUCAGGUUUACCAAUCAACACUCUACCUCAGUUUUAUAUCAGUAGUAGCUUGUAAACACAGCCACUCUAACUAAUUGAAAAUUAAGUCAAUUAUAUGGAGAUCUGAUAGUCCAAGCCAUAAAUAUUUGUACUCCGUAUGGAAUAAGCCUUUUUUUCUCAGUUUUUAUCACAGCAGUCUGAUUGGCUUGAAUAUCCUCCAUAUGGGAAUCAUCCGCACAUAGAAAACAGCAGGUUAUGUUUACAAGUGUGAGCUCCGCAACGCUUGAGACAAUAUUACAUGGUCAUAGUAAGUACUCAUGAGAAGGUGAUAUAAUAUGAUCCUUGGUCCUGCACCCAAACAUGCCCUCCAACCCCCACCUGACCUCAUACCCCAAACCUCAAUUCCCCAACCCCACCAGCUGUGUCUGGUGGUCGUGCUGUGAUGAUGCAGAUAUCUUGUCCUCAUAUUGCAGGGAGAUAAACGCUAAUGACGUGUUUCUGGCGGUUCUGAUGGAUAUCUUUCUAUUAUUUUCCUCCGAAGAAUAUGUGAUUCAGAUCGUCCAGAGACUUUCUGAGAGGCGUUGUUGAAGCCAUGGGUCUUGAGUCUGAGCCAGUGCAGGACCUGGAAUUGCCAAGGUCCUGCGCUGGCCAGUUGCUCCUCAGGGCUUGGCUCACGUCUGAACAACCUCAUCUAAUGGCUUUCAGGAAUGUUUUGUAACUCUAAUAUCAUUAAGAAGGAAGCAAGUACACUGACAGCACUUCGUUGGUACUGUUUGUAUAAUAGUAAUACUUAUUAAUAAUGCUGGUAAUAAUUACAAUAAAGCUAAUAAUAAUAAUAAUAAUAAUAAUAAUAAUAAUAAUAAUAAUAAUGAUGUAAUAAUAAUAAUAAUACUUGGAGGAUCUUAGAAUGCUCAAACUACUGUACAAACUUCUUACCUCAUCACCAUCUGUCACUGGUUCUGUUCUGUAGUUCACAUCACACUUAGUUUCCACCUAUCAGUUUCAUAUGGUACAUUAGUCCAGGUCCAAAUUAUGAUGCAACUCAAGAGUGAUGCUUAUGCCACCUGGUCAUCAGCUGUCACCAGGCCUUGACGCGCCCACAGCCUCUGAGCAGCGGGCGCAGGCUGCCGGGGUCUGUCACUCUUAGUCAGGGAGCAAAGUACCUGUUAUGAGGGUCAUGCCUGGGACUGCUGUCCAUCCCCUUUUAUAUCAGAAAUAUUUCAGAAAUGAUAAGUAAAGGAUUGAUUUUUAUGUAUUCAUGUGUUAGAAAUCAUUGAAAGUCAUCACAAUUUUAGUACAAUACAUAUAAAGAUCACUGGCAUGUGUUUAUCAGGGAGAUGAAUGAUUAAAACACUGUAGAGUUUAUUAGUUCAAAAGGGCUAGUUCAUUUAUUAACCAUUGUUGAGUACAGUAAUGUAAAAAUUUUUAAUUAAUUUUGCCAUGAGAUUGUUAUUAUUCAUAUAUGGAUAAUAAUGUCUGACCACUCACUCCACGGUUGGGUUGGAAGAAUGCUGCCACCACUGCAACAGGGAAGUGAAAGUGACAGGGCGAGGGGACCAGGAGCUGCCUCCUCUAUAUGUGUCCCAGUAAUGAAAUAAAGCACAAAAUCUAAUUCCAGCUAUCUCCCUUCAAGGGGGAUCUCAGCCUGUUGUAUUGGUAGAUUGAUUGCAGUAUUUUUAUAUUUAUUAUUAUUUAUCAUUAGUUAAAUCAUUAUUGUUUUAUAAUUCUAAUUAUUAUCACUAGUAUCAUCAGUGUUAUGGUUGUUGUGCUUGGUUGGGGCUCGGUGGUGGUGUGAGAGGAGCAGCAGUCAGUGCAGGCAGUGGUGGUGGUGGUUUGAGUCCCUCCACACGGCAGCAGUCCCAGGGAGACACCCGACUAACACCUCUUGGGGUAAGCCAUGCAGAAGAGCCAAUAUAUUUUUACUAUUUUUACUAAAGAAAAGAAAGUUGCUUCUUUACUUUUGUUAUACAUAUGCUAUUAUGGGUGUAUAAGGGAAAAUAUUAACCUUAGAUAGAAUCACUAGUUUGCAGAUUUCUUUUUCAUUAGAAAUUACCCUUUCUAAUGGAAAGGCAUCACAAACACGCAAGCAUUUUUUUGUGAUCUCCAUAUAUCAAUAUCACAAGCUUAGUAACACCAGUUUCAUUUGAUUAAAUUUAAUUUGUCAGGUUUGCAUUUCAACCUCAGGAAUCAGGGCAGGGACCUGUGGUGAUGCAAUGGCACAUCAGUCAUCGUAAUCUUGGCCGGGGUGACCCUGCGAUACAUAGGGCGGUUACUUCACACCAGAGUAACUCGUUAUCUCGACCAGACCAACACCAUAUGGUGAGGUGGUGAGUGUCAUGCAUGGCCAGGGAGUGUUGGCUUGGUGUGAGCACCAGCACCCCACCUGCCGCGCUGCACCACCACCGCCUCACUGGUGGUGCGUCUGCCGAUGUACUCGCAUGGCCACCUCUCACCCGUUUUUUCCUUGUUUUGUAAAUUUAGGUGAACUCCUCAUUGCACAGCAGAUCCAGCCAGGAACCUUAGUGCCACACACAAGACUUGCAAAGUUUUACGUGGCAUUACCUCAAAGAUAUAUUUUGAGAAUUCAGACACUUAUACCUCCUCUGCCUCCCACACGUGCCAUGUGAUGGCAUUGUGGAAUGCAGAUGUACAUGUGACAGCCACCUUGGAGUUUUUUGGUCUGCUGAUGCCAUUGGGGCAACUCUUGUGUCAUCAUCCAUUUAGUACAAACAGUGUCAUUAUCAGGAAUAAAGUCAGGAGUUUCUGUGCAUCUUUUUCCGCUAGUAAGCAAGAAAGACUUGGCCUCCAUCAAUGCUGUAUGUCAGUGUAAUUGCUGAUUCUUUGUAGAAAAUAUGUCUGUAUAUAUUUACAGUGCAUCCCAAAGUAUAUUGUAAUUAUUUGAUGCUAUAGUAGAACUUUUAUUUAUCUAAUUUUGUAUCACAGUUGUUUUACUCAUUUUACGAGAGCCAUGCAGGUUACAGUCCAUAGUUAACUAAGCGGCAGCCAGGGAAGGCGUCUCUACUGUGGCAUUUCAUUCUGUGAGUGAAGUAUAUUGUUGCUAUUGUUGUUGUCAGUAAAAAAAAUAUUGUCAUGCCCCUUAUUUAAGUUAAUUUUCAUGUUAGCAUUUCUUUGUUACUUUCUGUUAAAGAUAUAUCCUGUUUUGAUUUAACCAUAAUAUUUAUUGUUUGAUUAGAAAUGUUAUGACACUUGAUUUUUAUGGAAGAGGCAUGUUAUGCAGAUUUUUUUUUUUUCUUUUUUUUUCUUCACAGUGAGUGUGAUGCAGUACCAGUAAUGAAUGUUGUUUUGAAGACACUUUCCUGGCUUCCGCCUUCACACAUACCGGUAUCUUCUCUACCUCAGGAAUCAGACGUUAUGAUCAUGGUGGGGGACAGGGGUGGGGCUGGGAAGGCUGGAUGUGCUGGGCUACCCCUCAGGGUGGAUAUUUGCCACAAAACACAAAGCUUGACAUUUAUUACCCACCUCCAGUGUUUUGUGGAUAGUAGAUCAGUUAUACCUCAGUUGUAGGAUGAUUAUACAGUGGACAUUGGUGAGACCAUUGUGCAUUUCAGGUAAAACGCAAUUGAAUACGAGUACUGUCUACCUGAUAGAUUUGUUUUAUACAUAUACGUAAUGUGUUGUAGUGCUGUCCCGUAGUCUCUCAACCUCAUGUGUGAGAAGAAAAACACUGUAGAUGGAACACAUAAAGGUAAAUUUUCCUUGCCUUCUCAAUAGUGGUUCUGCUUCAGCUGGCCUAGCCUCGCCCUGGUCCCCCUUCCAGUAUACUGUAUCAGCCGGAAAACCCAAAGUGUCUUGGCAGGUUGUAACUUUUGUAAAGGACAAUCUGUGGGCACUUUGGGAUAUGUAUUUUAUCAUAUGCCGCUGUGAGACAGUUUAUUAGAUACUACAGGGAAUAUUUUUACAUUUACAUACAUUUUAAUAGUAAGUUCAAUGUCCAUUUUCAUUAGGAAAAAAUAUCAUGAAGUGUUUCACUGUAGUUGACGUGAUGCAUCUUAGUUGAUUCACGUACGUACCAAUCAGCUGUUCUUUGUGAUGUGGAAUGGUUUUGUCCACAGUUUUUCAGGUAAUAUGUGAGCUGAGUGCUGGUGUAUCUUGCAGUCAGUUAAACUCCUACACAAAGCUCUAUCUUCUUCCCCUGUCAGACAGUUCAUGGAUAAUAGCACAUAUAUUUUUUUUCCACCCCUUAUCCCUUAUCACCCCACAAGGCAUAAUUCGAGCAGGCUUUUUUUGGGGGGGCAUUGUUUAUUCUGAUUUCAUUAUCUCGGUGUAAAUAAUGUUAGUGGGGUGAUGUAAAAUAUAUAUGUGUGAUAUGGUUCUCAUGGUGCGCUGACAAAACAACCGUGUCUGGAAAUAUAAAUAACUGUGCCAUGGUGUUACUUGCGAUGGUGACUCUAAUUCUUGCUGGAGUUUUGGUUCCUUACAGUCCCUGACCCCUUGCUGGUGACUGGACAAUGUCUGUAGUAAUUGUGUGUGGUAUUGCAUAGCUCAUGAAUAUAAUGAGAAUAGUAGACCAAUAUAGAGUAUCAGAACAUGGCAGUGGUGGUCAAAAUCAUGGCAGGAGAUCCACUGGUCACACUUGAGCCCAGACAGAAGUAAUUUAGAUUUUCCUCACCCUCACAAGAGCAGUCUGUGAUCCUCAUCAUCACACACUCUAUGACUAGCUCUCAAUACACUGAAGAUGCUGAAUGUGUAGGAAUGAAGCUAAUGUAACCAUUCAGACUUGUAUCAUGUGUUUCAAGGCAUUGUGUAUUUGGAUAUGCACAAAAGGUAUCUUUUGAAAUCCAUGCAUCACUCAUUAUUUAAGUAUCAAAUAAGGAUGUUGUAAUUUUGUGAAAUAAUCAAGAAGUAAGUUGUAUUGCAGUGGUCUGAAUAACAUGACAAAGACCCAGUGCAUAGGAUGUAGUACAGUACUUGCUUGGUGUUCAAUUAGACAUUGCCUGCUCAGCGCACCAUGACCUUAAUCUCUUAUAAAUAUUAAGCAUGAUAGUGUGACAUGAUCUAAUGAUUGUAUAUACCCUCACUCUUAAUGUUCAUUGCCUCAGUCUGUCUGAAUGGGAGGACAACUUUUCCGCCAUUGCUCAAGGAAAUGCCGUGAAAUAUUAAAACAUUGCUGUGUUUAAUGUCUUGUUGUCUGUUAGAUGAUGUUUUAUAUUGAUAUAUUUUAAUUAUGAGUUUCAAAGAACUCAUUAUAUUCUUUGUUAGAGCCAUUUAUGUAGCUUUUUGGUUUAGUGUUAAGAUAAAGUAUAUAUUUUUUUCUUCCUACUGACUGCAAAACAAUUCUCAAUGGGAUAAAUUCAGACAUCGAAUUCUUUAAUUUCUUUUUAAAAAAGAUUAGAUGAAAACACUAAGAACUUUUUUGGCAAAGCUUUUGUUAUGUUGAUAGUUUGCUCACAUUAACUGAUAUAAAUAAUGUGUGUUGUAGGUAGUUGAGGUGCACUAAUGUGCAUACCAUGAGUAUAUUGCAAAAGAUGCAGUUUGCAAGCAACCAUUGCAAUGUGAAAUCUCUGUCUACACUAACAACUCUGUGAAUUUUGCCUUGGAGUAUAGUAGAUUGGUGAGGGUGUCUGAUGGGUCACGACUCCAAAAUGGUUGCAUUGUCUGUAAGGUCUUGGUGAUGUGACAUUUCUCAAGUGUAAGCCAGUGUGAAAUGUCUUCAUGUCUGAUUGUGAGAACUCAUUUCAUCUGUUCUGGUGGACAGAAUUACAAGAGUGGCUUGGUAGCUUCCAGAAUAUUAUAUUUGCUUGAAGAUUCCAGGGAUUUUAGUGUUAAAAAAAAGGGAGCUGGUCUUAUUAUUAUUUUAGAGAUAUCCUUAUAUUAUACUUGUUCUGAAGUUCCUUAUAAUAUAUGUACUUUUUAGGUGGAGUUGAAGAAACUACUUAUGGUCGCAAUCAAGAGUCUCAAGUGUAUUAUGCUAUUGUUUGCCAGCUUUAUCUUGUGUGCUAGAAGAAGCAGAACAGUUAGUCAUCUGUCCUCAAGGGUAGUCAUGGAACUUAUAUUGAAAUCAGUGAUUUGUGACUUUGAAUUAGCAUUGGAUGUGAACCAAAAGUGUUUCCUUUAUUUUGGUGUUGUGAUGGAACACAGCAUAGGUGGUAUUGGAAAGCUCAAGUGAUGUUUUAUUUGUUUAUGUGAUAUUUCCAUGUGAUGGACAUGAGGUAUUAUGGCUGAGCCGUGGGACUGUGUGGUAUUUUAUCCUUGUGAUGGAGCAAAUGGUCAGUACCACAAGACAGAGUGUAAAGGAUAUUGAGUUCAAGUUGAUUGCUUCCCUGAGACACGAAGCAGACAUGUGUUGUUUGUACCUCAGUGCAUGAAGUGGUAGAGCCUCUCACACUUUUACUUCUUGGAACAAAAUUCUGUUACCAUGUCUUGUCUUAAUUUUCAAAAUGUUUUCAUUCAGUUUUCUUUAGAUUUUUCUUUGGGAAGACCAGUAGUCCUCAGUCACCUAUGAGAAUCUUCCUGUAAAAAAGAUAAAUGUGCAGAUAAAUACAUGAAGUUCCAGGACAUAUCAUAAAGUACCAUCACCAGAUAUUUGACUUUGAUCAGCUUAAGGUAACAUCACCUUUACAGUAGCAAUUCCACCCCAGACAGAGGCUGUUUUAUUGUAACACUCAGUGGUGAAAAGAUCCACUGAUUUGCACUUGUAUCACCUAAAAUUAGCAUUGUUGAGAGUCACAUUGGCAUUUUCAUGAUGAGAAAGUGUGAAAAGUCUGUUAUGAAUCAAUCCUGGUGAAGGUAUGAGAAGCUCCACUGUAGCUGCUGCCACUCAUUACUCCACUUCCUCUUUUAGUUUAUGGAGCUGACCAUUUGGAGAUUUGUCAUCCUCCACAUCUGUGAGGAAGGUGUAAGAUAUUCUGUGAUAUCUGCAGGAACUGAAGGGGGGACAAUUUGUGCACCAUGAAAACAGCUUAUGGGUAAACUUUUACUCAGAGAUGGGCUGUCUAAUUCUAAUUGUUGUCACUUAGUGUACUAAACAGACAGCCACAAGGGAGAUGUUUAUUUACUCCAGGUUGGCUGUAUAAUUCCCUGGUUAACACAUUAGUCUGAAGUGCACUAGUGGUGUGGGAAGGGCGCUGGUGUGGCCUCAAGCAUCUCAGAUGUUGUUUCAGCAGUUUGCAGUGUGAGGCAGAGUAGAGGGAAGGUUGUGUGAACACUUCCCUGAGAUGUUUUUUGAUGUAAUGGGAGCUGCCUGGAAAUGUUUGAAAUGCUUGAAGCUCACCGAGUGCUUGGAACACACCCUAGGGCAGGGAUGAUACAUUAAACCCCUGACCACUACCUCGAUUCCUUUAAGGCUAAGCAGUUGUUGUGGAUGGACUCUUCCAGAUUUGAUUUAUUGCAAGGAAUAGGUACAAUUCACUGUGUUUUAAUGAGCUUGCUGCUGCUGCCGCUACUCUGAUCCUGUGAAUUUGAUACUGUAAUAAUUGUAUUGGGGGAGUUGACUUAUGGUGCUUGUCACACAGGAUGCUGGUUAAUGCAUGUCUCGGGAAAGUGCAACUUUCUGCCUCAUUAUGCCUCAUACACAGUGACUUCAUUAAUAUCAGAUGUGUCAGCAAGUCAUGUAUAUACUUUUCAGUUUAAAAAAAAUGGUGGACCUGUCUGAUUCAUAUAUUUUUUUUAUGCUUCUUAAACUGAAUCAGGUUUUUCCUUACUUUUUGUAUUGAGUCAGGAUCAAAGAUUACAGAAAGUGUAAAGUUGUUCAGUUUUUGGAGGCUUCUUGUAGAGAAAGUGUAUUAACCAGGUUCAUGUGUUGGGAAUAUGGCAAUGCUGUGAAGUCCAAAUUGUGAUUUAGAAUAGUAUUAAUGGAAUUUCAAGGAGUGACUCUUGGAGUUUGUCUCUAGAGGCAGUAUUGGAUGCUAUGAGCUAAGUGUAAUAAGGAUCACAUGGUGGAAGAUGAGCCUGGCACCAUCACUUGCCAUCUUGUACGCAGUACAAGACUUUUCCUCAUUAUGGGAUAUCAUUUGGUAAGCAAGAAUGGCUUAGCUUCUUCAUACCCUCUGCACAUGUUGGCUGCGGCCAAGUUUGAUGUGACUAAAGAAACUAUUUUAUUGGAAAUAAAGGUGUAGAGUACACGCAGUAGAAAGCUAGAUGAUAGAAAUUAUCGUGUUGAGGAUAUCAAGAGCAAAGGCUGUCUUGCCAAUAAUCAGACACUGCCGCUUCAUAGUUUUUUAGCUUCAGAAGCUUUGUAUGCUGUGAUGGUAAUAAGUAGGAUUUCAGAAUGCUGAAAGCAUGUUAUGCAGGAUCCAAGGAACACCUGGCCAUGAGAUGCAAAGCAUCCCUGCCAGGGGUGGAGGGACAUAUCCACUGGCUCUCCUUGGCUCUCGUGUUGAUGUCACUGCUGUGCCUCAACAUUUGUCACAAACACAAAAAAAUGCUCCAGUAUCAUGAAUUCAAUCUGCAUUCACCAUUUUUAAAGUUAUUCAUACUCAUGCAGUCCAUGAAUUUCAGAUGUUAUAUCCAAAAUAAUACAUGUACUGUAGUUAUUUUCUGAAGUUAUUUGUCAGGUACAGUAAUAUUCAAUUAAUUAACAGAUAUUUUUGCUCAAGAUUUUUCCAUUAUUUUCAGAAAAUUAAAUAGCUUUAAGUAAUUACCUGAAAGCAUCAUCACUGUGAUAUCACUCAGAUAUCACUCCUCAUUACAGACUGGCAGGGAACAUAAUCAUGUUGAGCAUCAUGUUAGUGCACUAGUGACACAUAGAGUCUAGAACAGUUUCAUGUAUAAUUCUAAGUUCAUCAGAAGACAGAUUGGUUCAUGGAAAUUCACACCACAUUAUUCAAAAAGAAACAAAAGACAGCAGAAAGUGAUACCAAUGUAGAGCCUUGAGUGUGGCGUGGAAUAUUGCCCUCCUCCUGUAUAUUGGUGUUGGUGCUGGUGGCGUUAAACAUAUUAAUACCUUUCAGUGGUCAGCUGCCCUGAGGAUUAUUACCUAAAGGUUUUGGUCCAAGCAGACUUUUAAUGAUACUAAGAGAGAGUGAGAGAUAUGGUGUUGGUUUGUUUCAUUGAGAGAGUGAGAGUGAGAGAGAGCGAAAGAGAGAGAAAGAAAGAGUGAGAUAGUGAGAGGAUCUGAAAGGGUUGAAAAUUGGAAUGGCUUAUCAGGUGUGUUGUAGAUCUUGUGUUAAAUUAAUCUUCAAAACUUUUCUUAUUUCAUUUAGAGCAUCAAGUUUGAAAACCGAAUUAACUUACUGUUUCUGGCCAAGUGUAUCAUGUCUCAGCCAAGUCACUUUAAGGAUAUUAGUAAGGUAGUUGUAUGAGUACUGAAUGGCGACGAGAAUGAGGUUUUAAUUGGUGAAAGAACACAUGAUAAUGUAGUUCAUUAGUUCUUUAAUGUUAAACACAGUGUUUGUGGGAAUGACUAACUUUUCAGACCUUGAUCUAAUUACACCCUCACAUUGUAUGUCACACUUGGAGCUUAUCUCUGAGUGUUCUUGAGGUGGGCAGAAAAUGCUACAAAAUGUUUCAUCACCAAAAAUUUUGAGCCCAUACUGCUAGGUCUGAAUAAGCUAGUAGGUAGUGGGUUGUGUGGGGCAGAUGUAUGGGGCAGCAGGGAUGGGCAGGCACCCUAGUGUUGUGCUGCUGCACCCAUACACACCACUGCUUGAGUUCACCUCAGCCACUUAUUCUGCCAGCAAACUCAGGCACAGUAACAGUUUAUUUAUCAUGGUAAAGUUUUAGUAAGUUAUAUAUAUUGAUAUUGAUAUCAGUGAAGUUUAUGGACUACAUUAUAUUAAAACUUUUAUAUAUGAAAUUCCUUGUAAAAAGUUAUCACUGAAAUUUUGUGGGUGCAACAGAAGAUAUGUACUGUAACAUAAUGAACCAAAAAGUGACAUGCUAUCCACCAUGAAAAGAUGUUGCCAGUCCCUUGGCUGCAGUGUGUGGUGAGGCCUGGCACUCCAGCCUGGCCCAGUCCAGGCCUUGUUCAGUCUGAGGCUGUCCUGUCUGCCUCACACACCCCACUUAAAAUUGUAGAUUUCAGAGUCAGCUGUAAGUUUGACUCUCUAUGUGUUAAACACAUUGAUUUUCUGUGAUUGGUUUAGGUUAUGGAAUAUACUUAUUGGCAAAGCCAAAACUAUUAUUUCUAAUAAGUUCCAUUAGAUGGUUGAGUUUUAAUAAAUAAUUGACAGAUGAUUAUGUAUAACAUUUAUAAGUUCACCAGUUAGAUGAAAAAAAUUAGGUCUAUAUGUAUAUACUUUUGCAACUUUAUUAGAUACAGAAAGCUACAUAUUGUUGUAUGUGUUUGAAGUAUAAUUAAUGUAUUUAAUAUAUAUAACCUUUGCCUUGGUUUUACAUGAGGGAAUGUAUGGCCCUGUGCAUGCCAGGAAUGCAUAGAUUCUUGUCACACUUCAAAACCACAUUCACCAGCAGUAUCUGUUUCAAAAUUUUUAAUUUGGUGCGGGUAUUUUAAGCAUCAUAAUGAGAGUUCAGUAUCUGAAGGUUUCUUUAUUUGCAGUAAAGACAAUUAUCAAAUAAAAAAAAAAUCACAGUAUCUUUCUUACUCAGAAAAAUGCUGCAUACUCUUAUUUACAUAAUGAAAGCACAUAAUUUACUCAUUAUUCAAAAUCACAAGGUGAAUUUUUCAAACAUUAAUCAUCCCUGUCAUAAUUUUGGUCACAUGACACUGUUAGAGGUGUUGGGAAUGCCAGUACUCACCUGGACCUCAGUUGUCACACCUGCCAUCCAUUGCAAGGCUUAUAUUGGCCAGGCAGGAUACAGACAGCUACUUUACCAGUCUUGAGCCCAGGUCAUGGUGGAACUUAGGUGAAAAUUUUUGAUAACCAGAAUUUUGUAGGAAGUGCAGCAUUUGGGGUUCACUUUGGGGUCCAGGAGAUCGAAGACUUGCCUCUUUUACAGCGAUAAUCAUACUUUGAAUUAGUGCAUGAUCAAGGGCCAGGAGGUAGUGUGAUAUCAGGGAGAAAUUUUAUUUAUUUAUUUCAAUAAACACUAUGCAUUAUUUGGUAUUUCCAUGAAGCUUUGGAUUGUAAACUUGAGGUGAAAUGUAUUUUCUCAAGAGAGAGAGAAAAUUAAAGUUCUACUAAUGUUUAUGUAAAUUAUAUGAUGCAUAUUUAUAUAUAACUUCUUUUAUACUAGAAACAAAUUCUAAAGCAACAUUUGAUGUCUUGUGAAUCAUUGAAAUAUUUUAAGAAAGUGGUCCAAGAAGUCCAAGCUUGAUUUCUGCAUCAAAAGUAGAUAGUCUUGUGUCUUUAUCAUCAUGUUUUGGUAAAAUUCCAGUGUAGUAUUUCCUGUUGGCUGGGCAUGUUAGUCACAGCUGUGGCUCUUUAUACCAAAUUUUGAGUGAUCAAAGUCAGAUUGCAGAUGCAGUGCAGCACAAGACUUCAUGUGAUAGCCUCAGUUUUGAAAAGGGAAAGGUCAUUGAGGUUUGUUCCAAUUGGAUUCUCAAACUUUUGAAUUGCCAAAUAAUACAUGAUAAGGAUCUUAGCAUAAUUUGAAAAAAUGGCUGGUGAAAAAAAAAAAAGACUUUACCAUCAGUUUUAAAUCAUCAUACUUUACAUUAAUCGUCCUCAGUUUUUAUUACUAUAAUUUUUAAUACAAAAGGAGUCGGACUGAGGGUUGAAUAUUUAAAAUGUAAAACAAUGCCUGUUAUUGCUGCUUCACAAAGGUACAAGUAAAUAAAAACAAAAGUGCAAAAUCAGGUUAGAUCUCGACUGUCAUUGCCAUUCUGCGUCAAGUCACGACAAAACAUUUUAUUCAUAUUCUUCAGAUUGCUCCUCCCAAAGGAGGACAUAUUUCUUGAUGUAACUUUAUGUCGGACAGUUCAACAAAUUCAGAUCACUAUAUUUCUGACUUUUUACUGUUGUACAUUAUUAGAACCUUCACAGUGUUCAUGCUUAUGCAUGUUUGAUAUAUGAUUACAUGUACCUUGUCAUUUUUGUUGGCAGCAGAAUAGAUUUUGACAGCACAAAAUUAAUUCACCUUUCAAUCAAGAAUUAAGACAAAUAAGCCACAUGCUGCUAUUUUGUGUAUACAAUAAGUACACAUCAUCUUUAAGUUCUUCUCUGGAGGCAUUAUGAGUUACUGCAGGUUUUUACAUUGUCAAUGCAAUAAUUACUGAAGGGAAUGUAGAGUAGGAGAAUUCUGACAUUUACUGAAAAAUCUAAACUUCAUGUAGGUAGUAGUGGUCACUGCACAUGGGCAAGCUGUACUCUGUUCAAAGCACUGAGGCAAGGAUGUUCUUUACCAGCGACUUGAACCAAAGCAAGGUGUGGAACUUUGUGGAAUUUUAUGUUUGUCACUCUUUGACCUCAAACCUGCUAUUAGUAUACUUCAGUAUCAAUAAAAAUAUAAUAGUUUACAUUGAUGAAAACAAAAUUAUCUUUCAUAUUCAUUACAAAGUGAUCAAUAUAUUUUCAGGAUAAACCAUGUAAAUCAUGAUUUGGCAAGAUUUGUACACAUUAAUUCUUUGUGCACCAGAGAAAUGUUUCAUCAUUGCCUCAGAUGUAUGGGUCAUGGAAGUGUGUGUGUGUGUGUGUGUGUGUGUGUGUGUGUGUGUGUGUGUGUGUGUGUGAGAGUGAGUAAGUGAGUGAGGUUUGUGCUGGCUUUGAAUGCAGUACAGUUCCCUGGCUGUGGACAAGGGUUGGGUGUCAGGAAAAUGUUAGGUGGUAAAAAGAUCCUCUCUAGUUUUCAUUUUUCUUAUUGCAAAAAUUGAAGCCCCAAAUAAUGUUGAUUUUAUUUAUUUAUUUAUUUAUUUAUUUAUUUAUUUAUUUAUUAUUUAUUUUUUUUAUCAUCCCAUUUAAAAAUACUAAUCUUGUAUAUCACAGUUUUUGUCUUCUGUAAUACAACUCCUCAUGUCAUGUUUUUCAUUAUCAUGUGGUGAAAAGUUAUGCUUCUGUUUUCGUGUUGUCGUCCUGUCUUUUUGAGCUAGUCUCUUAUUUUUGUUUAAUGUUUUUUGCCUUGUGAAAAAUUUUCUCAAAUUUUGUGUCAUAUGAUAUUUUAAGUAUUUUCUCCGCCGUUCAUCCGUGCUACAUGUGGAUACAAUAGUUACAAUAAGUAGGAUUAUUUCUUUGGAUUUUAGCUCCAAACAAACAAAACAUUGAAUAAAAUCAGGUGCCAGAUUGUAAAAGAAAAUACUGUAAGUGAGUAAUUUCCCUCAUGCUGUAAAGUGUAAGCAUUUGACUGCCAUCUAAACAUAGUGUCCAUUUUUUUCUCACUAUUUCAAAAAGAUAAUGUUGAAGUAAUUGUCAGAGUCAACCGAAUGGACAUGACACUGAGCCAACCAUGUGUGUGUCAGUGUAUGUGUAGGUCUGUGUGUGUGUGUGUGUGUGUGUGUGUGUGUGUGUGUGUGUGUGUGUGUGUGUGUGUGUGUGUGUGUUGGCUUAGUGCCAUGUCUGCUAGGCUGGCCCCCGUAUGCAGUGCGGGGUGCAGAGUUAGUCUGGCUGAAGGUCCCUCUGUAUCUUUAGUAAUUUACCAAAUUAUGUAUCUGCAAGUAAAGGUAAAUAUAUAU